CAGUAGUCCGCCAUAUAACAUUUUGGAUAAGAACCACGACUGGAGACAAUUGAACGGCGCUCCAAAGGAGUCAGAGCUGAGGCGGAUCACAGCAGGGUCACGCCAAUACAACAAGCAGUGUCUAUGUAUGAGAUAUCCUGUACGACCGUGAAAAGGGAGGUACAUAGUAGGUAUGUGUAAGAUGGAAGGUCUGAUUAGGUCGUGGGCUAACCGAUGGAACUACUCCGUACCUACCCAAAAUGAUCAUUACCUAUUCCUACUCUCGUACUGACUCCAAUUAUGACUAUUGCUAUGUACAUUGUUGUUACUUUAUUUUUAUUCUUGUUUUCGAUUUUAUUUCAUUUUUUAUUUCCAUUGAUUUAUUGAUCCAUCUCGCCAAGGUGCUGGGAAUAGAUACUCCGUUCAUUCUAGUACCAAGGUGGUAGGAGCCAUUCUCUCUAAACAAAUUGUUGCUGGAAUUAAGUUCCUGACGGCCCCCUUCGUUUCCCCAAAAUGAUCACGGUUCGGCCGUCUACUAAAAGCAUCAAUGGAGGUGAGAAAUGGGAAGGGAA